GACAAGAAGAAAAAGAGUUUUGGUCUCCGAGAAGUAGAUAAAGUAAAUGGGCAAAACUAAGUUUGUUUUUGUUUCCAUAUAUUACUUCGGUGUUUGAAUGAUUGUUUGUUUGUGAUGGGUUGCAUUUGCGCCACCGCGCGUUCUUCAAACGCCGCCGUUGCCAAUAAUGAGCUAAUGGAUUCAAGCAAUUCCAUCAUGCAUCUUAUGCCUCAUCCUCCGUCUUCCUCGUCCUCUUUAUCCAAAAAGGAAGUAGGAUCUUUCAGACGUCAGACUUCUGCAGCUUCCAUCACCGUCGUGGCUAAUGGUUAUCCAGUGGUGCGUCGUCCCUCCACAUCAUCUGAUCGAAGCAGCACCAAGAAAGCGGUUACUGUGGGAGCUCCGACCAGGAGAGUCACGGCUAUGCCGGUAGUGCAACACCAACAGCAGCCAGGGCGUUUGAUCGGAACUAAAACGGAACCCACUAGCGGAGAAUGGCCGUCUUGGUUAGCUUCUGUAGCUGGAGAAGCUAUCAAAGGAUGGGUUCCUCGCUGCGCAGAUUCUUAUGAGAAGUUAGACAAAAUUGGACAGGGGACUUACAGCAGCGUGUACAAAGCCAGAGACCUGGAAACGGGAAAGAUCGUGGCGAUGAAGAAAGUUCGGUUUGUGAAUAUGGACCCAGAGAGUGUCCGGUUUAUGGCUAGGGAGAUUCUCAUUCUUCGUAAGCUUGAUCACCCCAAUGUUAUGAAGCUUGAAGGUCUAGUCACCUCUAGACUCUCAAGUAGUCUCUACCUUGUUUUUGAGUACAUGGAACACGAUCUCGCAGGUCUAGCCGCUUCUCCUGGAAUAAAAUUCUCUGAAUCUCAGAUCAAGUGCUAUAUGCAACAGCUGUUUCGUGGUCUUGAACAUUGCCACAGACGAGGAAUCCUCCACCGUGAUAUCAAGGGAUCUAAUCUCUUGAUUAACAACGAAGGUGUUUUGAAGAUUGGUGACUUCGGAUUGGCAAAUUUUUACCGUGGUAAUGGAGAUGUACAGUUGACAAGCCGAGUUGUAACCUUAUGGUACAGAGCGCCUGAGCUGUUGCUCGGUGCGACUGAGUAUGGACCAGCUAUAGACCUGUGGAGUGCCGGCUGCAUUCUCGCUGAGCUCUUUGCUGGAAAGCCUAUUAUGCCAGGACGCACAGAAGUGGAGCAGAUGCACAAGAUCUUUAAGCUAUGUGGUUCACCCUCAGAAGAUUACUGGAAAAGAGCAACUCUGCCACUUGCAACAAUUUUUAAACCUAGUCACCCUUACAAACCUGUUCUUGCUGAAACCUUUAGUCAUUUCCCUGCAUCAGCUAUGACCCUCAUCAAUAAGCUACUGGCAAUAGAACCUGAGAAACGUGGAUCAGCUGUUUCUUCCUUGAGAAGCGAAUUCUUCACCAUGGAGCCACUUCCUGCUAAUCCAUCAAGCUUACCUAGAUACCCACCGAGCAAGGAACUUGACGCUAAGCUUCGCAACGAAGAAGCAAGAAAACUAAGGGCAGAGGAUAACAAGAGAAGAGGGGGAGAGACUGUGACAAGAGGACGACCAAAAGAUCUUAAAACUUCACAGACACCUGAGUUUAUGGACAGAGGGCAGUCUAAAGUCACAUGCAUCAGCCAUAAGUUCAAAACAGACGAGGAAGGUGGCACCGGGUUUAGGAUUGAACCACCAAGAAGAGGGAUCCAGCAGAAUGGUUACGCUCAUGCUUUUUCUAUGGUUCAUCCAAGUGUUGCUAAUACAGAAUGGAACAGAGGUGGUGGGAGCAUCAAAAGGCAAACUAAUGCAGAGCUGAAGUCUAGGAUAUCACAAACAGGAAACUUGUCUGGUGAUUCUUCUAGAAGAGCUUCCAAAAGAGAUUACUCAACCGGAAACGCACCAAGGAAGAACAGAAUCCAUUACUCAGGACCGUUGAUGCCUCCUGGUGGAAAUCUUGAAGAAAUGCUCAAAGAGCACGAGAAGCAGAUCCAACAAGCUGUCCGCAAAGCCCGUGUGGAAAAGUCUACAUCUAAUAAAACAAGGCAGCAGCAGCGUUACACAGGAAGAGAUGCUCGGUAGCUAAAGAGAAAGCGAAAGAAGAAGGAACAAGAAGAAGAAAAUUCAAACAAUAACGCACAUGUUUUGCCCCUUCUGUGCGUGAAGCAAGGGAUUGAUGCAGUGUAAUGUAUAGUGAGCUUGUUAUCUUAGGCCAACGAGAUUGACCACACAAUAUAUUGUCAAACUUCAUUUUGUACAUACGCACAAGGGAUCAUACUGAGUGGAGAGUCGAGCAAACAUGUAUUGGUAUUCAAUUCUCUUAGGAUCUUUUAUUUAUUUUGUAUUUUACUAGGUUUUCAUCUAACGUGUUUCUCAAUUCGGAAUCGGAAACUUGCUGUAACUUUUGGAAUCUAAUUUCCAAAAUAAGCUUUCAGAAUCUCUUUUCCUUUUUAAAAUUAUAAAGUUAUAAAUAAGUAAGAAAUAUAAAAUUAUAUUUUUAUUUUAUAUAAAUCUAAAAAUCAAUAGUAUUAAAAUAGAGAGAGAAUAAAAAUAUGUAAAUAUUAAAAUAAUACUA